AUGUGGUUUCUCCUUGCUUUCGUCUUGCUCGUGUCUGCAGCUCAGGACGGUGACAAGGUACUAGAGGGCGAGGAGUGUGUGCCCCAUUCACAGCCAUGGCAAGUGGCCCUCUUCGAGCGUGGCCGUUUCAAUUGUGGUGCCUUCCUCAUCUCCCCACACUGGGUGUUGACUGCUGCCCACUGCCAAACCCGCUUCAUCAGAGUCCGGCUGGGCGAGCACAACCUUCGCAAGCGCGAUGGCCCAGAGCAAGUGCGGUCCGUCGCUCGAAUCAUCCCACAUCCGGGCUAUGAGGCUCGCACCCAUCGGCAUGACAUUAUGUUGCUGCGACUUCUCCAGCCUGCCCGGCUAUCACGGCAGGUGCGUCCUGUGCCUCUGCCCACACGUUGCCCAUUUCCCGGCGAGGACUGUGUGGUGUCAGGCUGGGGCCUAUUGUCAGACAACAAGCCUGGAACCACAGGGAGUCACAAGCCACAAGUGAGACUCCCGGAUACGUUGCAUUGUGCCAACAUCAGUAUUAUCUCCGAGGCAUCUUGCAACAAGGACUACCCAGGUCGAGUGUUGCCCACCAUGGUGUGUGCUGGUGUCGAGGGCGGUGGCACGGACUCCUGUGAGGGCGAUUCCGGAGGACCUCUGGUCUGCAGGGGUGCCCUGCAGGGCAUCGUGUCCUGGGGUGACGUCCCCUGUGAUACUACCACCAAGCCUGGCGUCUACACCAAAGUCUGCAGCUACUUGGAGUGGAUCCGGGAAAACAUGAAAAGGAACUGA